AUGGAUUCUCUCUACCACACCCACGUAAAGCUCUUGGCCUUCGACUUCAUCACUCUCACACCAAACCCUUCAGACCCACUCUCUUUCUCUCGCAAAGGCUUGUCCAUCUCCCGUGCCGAAACCCUCGGCAUUGUCACCUGCCGAGAGCACAAACCCAAUAAAUUCCUGAAAUUCACAGUCGAUGAUGGCACUGGUUGCAUUCCGUGUAUCCUCUGGCUUAAUCAACUCAGUUCUCAGUACUUUUCACGUCGUAACCCAUCAGAUGUUCGAUUAAUUGCCAAUGCAGCAGCUAAAUUCGCCUCGGAGGUACAACUGGGUGUCGUAGCUAGAGUGCGAGGCAGGAUCACCGCGUACAGAGGUGCAGUCCAAAUUACUGUUUCAGAUGUUGUCGUUGAGAGGGACCCAAACAUCGAUAUUCUGCAUUGGCUGGAUUGUGUCAAGUUGGCUCGUAAGUGCUAUGAUGUUGUGCCUUGUUACAAACCUAAGUAA